UUCGGUUGUAUUUCAGCGGCGGCGCUAACGUAUUUCGCUCCAUUUAGUGUUUGUAGUAGCAUAUGUACAAAAAUUAUAAAUUGACGCGCGUUCAAAAUUUUCCCCUAUAAAUAGUGAGUGCUUUCUCGAGUGUGAGCGUCGCAGAGUAGAGUGAAAAAAAAAUAAUAAUAAUUGAGAAAUGCAAAUGAAAUGAGCUUUUCCUCUUUGUCGCCAUUGUCGAUCGAAUUGGAUCUUAAGUGUGCCACUUUGUGCCUAUUUUAGUGCUGCCAGUGUUGGCGCGUGAGUGGCAAGCGGGAGGCGUGCACCGGUCAACUCGUCGGCAUCAUUGCGACUUGUAUUAAGCGACGAUCCAAAUUGUUGUUGAUUUUUCUGCACUUAAUUCUACUUCUUACAAGUUUCGCGUUCGGCAAGAAAACCGCUACAUUUGUGGAAAUCAUUGAGAGAAUUUCAAGCGUUUCCAAAAAUCUAAGUGGCAACUACAUGCCUAAGUGUUGCUGAGUGUGUUGUAAGUGCGGAAAAGCUAACAAACAGCGGCAGCCGGAAAAAACAUUGCUUGAGUUGUUUGUUCUUGUUAUUUAACGGGAAUCGUGAAAACAAUCAAGAGUGGUUUUUGAGAAAAAUCUUCAAGCAAUAAUUAAAAAAAAAAUUAUCAAACAUAAAAAAUAAAAAAAAGUUUUAACGAAGUAUCAGCAGCCAUCGGCGAGACAAUAAUAACAACAACAAAAUUCGUGGCAACAAUUUGUACACGUUUGGCACGAUGGAGGGCGGCUACGUGAAUGAAGAAGAUUCCGAUGCAAUAAUGGGAGUGGAGAGUCCAGGUGGCCAACUGAAAACAAAAAAUGGACAAAAAUAUGUAUUCAACGGUCCACCGUCGGGCAUUUACGUGACCAGAACAUGCGUAUUCUUCACCGCGAUAGUAACGGUUGUGGCGCUCAUCUUCACCAUACUCAUCACAUAUUUCUUGACAGCCAACUCCGUGACAACACCCAGCUGCUUCAAUGGCAACUCAAAUAAGAACUCACCGCCCUUGGCUCUGUCCUCCAAUUCGAUUGGCCCACAAUAUAACAGCACUCCAGUGGCGACGGCAAGCAUACUUGGCACGGCACCACAUACCGCCAGUCCCAUAUCGAAAUAUGGUACCACACCACCAAUCGCGCCAAUCGGUGACAUCAGCUUACCGCCAGAGCAUGACAUCCUCGGUGCAGACAAGAGCAAAGCAGCCGAUAGGAAAUUGCAGCUGCACGACGGUUGGAGACCGCUGCAUUACAACAUUGUGAUCGAGCCCAACAUUAAAACCGCCACCAACAAUGGUAGCAUUACCAUUGAGGUACAGCGUGACGCCAAUAUCCCUACUCUGCUUCCGAUUAUUCUCGAUGUGCACAAUAUUUCCAUUUCGAAUGUGCGCGUCAUACGCUCGCCCAGCAAUGUUUCCACCAGCGAUGAAAUCGAAUUGGAUUUCGAUGGUAAAUACGGUGAGAACAACUCAUCCUUUGUGGUGGCCAUUAAUAAAGGUAUUGAGGAUGAGCGCGAUGUCAAGUUGAUUGUUAGCAUGGAUUUUGUUAGUCAGAUAACCGACACGCUUCAGGGUGUGUACAGAACAAGCUAUACGAAUUUGGAAACCAAUAAAAUCGAAUGGAUGGUCAGCACGCAAUUUUCGCCCGUCGACGCUCGGCGCGCAUUCCCUUGCUUCGAUCGUCCCGACAUGAAGGCAAACUUUACCAUCACUAUUAUUCGCGAUAAUAAACUCGGCAUGGCGUUGUCUAAUAUGCCGCUCUAUCGUAGCUCUGUUCACCGUCCAGGCUUCACGCGCGAUGAUUUCGUAACGUCACCGAAGAUGCCGAUUUACAGCUUCGCUUUUGUCGUUUCCAAUUUGGUGAAAUCUCAUUAUUCCGACUUGGAUGCUAGCCUAGUACCGCGCGUAGAGAUUUGGACCCGCCCCGAAAAUACCGAAAUGACAAACUAUGCGUAUUCAAUGUUGCGAAAGUUUUUGCCCUACUUCGAAGAUUAUUUUGGCAUAAAGAACCGUCUGUCGAAAAUCGAUAUGGUGUCGAUACCGGAUUUUGGUUUUAGCGCUAUGGAAAAUUGGGGACUAAUUACUUUCAGAGAUUCUGCUCUCCUCGUGCCCGAAGAUCUUGAUCGCGCUUCUUCGUCAGAGCACAUGGAACAUGUUGCCCAGAUUGUCGCGCACGAAUUGGCGCAUCAGUGGUUUGGCAAUUUGGUCACACCCAAAUGGUGGGACGAUCUUUGGUUGAAGGAAGGUUUUGCCUGCUACAUGAGCUACUUGGCGCUGAACACCAUACGUCCCGAAUUCCAAAUUAUGGACACUUACACAAUCUACGAAUUCGGUGAUGCCAUGCAACAUGAUGCCGACAACAGUUCGCAUUCCAUUGCUUUCGAUGUGAAAUCAACAACCGAUAUACGUCGCAUCUUCGAUCCGAUCACCUAUUCAAAGGGUAACAUACUGCUGCGCAUGUUGAGCUCAUUUGUGGGUGAUGAAGCCUUCCGUGCGGCAACACAAGAUUUACUGAAGUCCUACGCUUACGACAAUGCCGAUCGUGAUGUGUUGUGGGAUUUUAUGACACGACAUGCGCAUGAGCGUAAAACCCUGCCCGAUAGUUUGCAAGUGAAAACGGUAAUGGAUUCAUGGAUAAUGAAACCUGGUUAUCCCGUUGUAACCGUGGAGCGCCGUGAAGCAGAUCUGGUGUUGACACAAGAACGUUAUAUGUUGCCCUCCCGAAAUAUGUCGGAUGACAGUCGUUUUGUUGUGCCGAUCACUUUCGAAACGGACGAGCUACGCAAAGGCGACAAUAUACCGACACAUUGGAUGUUGGAGACUGAUCGACAAAUUGUCAUAAGCGAAGCCUUUACCUCGGAAAAUAAUACGGAUAAUGUGGUGUACGUGAACUUGAAUCGCCAAGGCUACUAUCGCGUCAACUAUGAUAUGCCUUCUUGGUUAGCAUUGAAGAAGAAGUUCACCACGCUUCCCCGUAUCACACGCGCACAACUUUUGGAUGAUGCUUUGCAUUUGGCGCAAGCCGAGUACUUGACCUAUGACAUACCGCUGACCUUCCUUAUGGAGAUCUUCACAGCCACCGAUGACGAGCUACUGUGGCGUGCGACGCAACGUGGCCUCAAUUACCUCAUCUAUAUGCUGCAUCGCGAGCCUGCCUAUGAGACAUUUAGAGCCUUUAUGAAAUUCAUUGUACGCCCCGCCUUCGACCGUUACGGCUUGAAUGAGCCGGACAAUGAAUCGCACAUACAGUUACAACAUCGCGCCAAUAUUGCGCGCCUCGCAUGCAAAUUCAACUACGAUCGCUGUACAAUGCCAGCGCACCGGAAGUAUCGCGAGUGGAUGGCCGAUCCCAAACUCAAUCCCAUUAAGCCAAAUCUGAAAUCGAUUAUUUAUUGCACGGCACUCGCUGAGGGUUCCUUCCAGGAAUGGUAUUUCGCUUACAAGCAAUACAAACGCACCACAAGCGCAUCGGAGAAGGAACAGAUCUUGACAUCUUUGGGCUGCACCACAAAGCCAUGGCUGCUCUCCAAAUAUCUAAAUAUGACCAUCGAUCCAACUUCUGGUAUAUUGAAGCAGGAUGGCGCUCGCGCUUUCCGCGCCGUUGCUGAGAAUCCGAUUGGUUACGAAAUUGCAUUUGAUUUUCUACAAUCGAAAAUCAAGGAAAUCUCUGAAUACUUCGGCGACGGUUUCUCCACACUCACCGAAAUGAUCAAAUCCAUCACCACCUACAUGAAUAAGGAAUACCACAAAGAUCAGCUGCAGCAAUUUGCCGAUCGUGCACGCAAACUUGGUCUGACAGCAGUCGAAGAAGCCAUCGGCUUGGCCAUGGAGCAAGUCAACAACAACAUUUACUGGCGUGAGCAUUCUUACUACCAACUGAAGGACUUCCUGGAAGCGAUAGUUAGCGAAUUUCACAUAAAUAUAUUUUAAGUAAAACGAAAGUACGUUGGUAGAGAGUAAGAAAAGGGAGAACGAAAAGGCAAACAUGCAAGAACAGUGCUUAGGAAUCUAUAAGAAAAUGAGUUUGAGCGUUAUGUAAGUGGCUGAUGUUUGAUUGAGAGUGCAGUGCGCGUGGUGCAGACUAAAUGAAUGAGCGAUUUGUUGUAAAAGCGUACAAUCUACUCAUUUUCUUUUUAGCAUAAGAUAGUUUACUAUGUAGUGUAAGCGUGUAAGCUGUUGUAAGAGGAACCACAUAGGAGCUUUAAAUUUUGUGUGACAACACCAAGCAAUUCACCGUUAACAAAAACAAAAAUCGUAUUGACAUUGAAAUUUUUGUAUUUAAGCACACACUUGAAAAUUAUAUUUUGUAAUAAUAUGUUGUUUUGCCAACAAAGUGAUAUAUUUGUAUAAGUGAAUGUACCAUAUUUCCUCUGCUGAAGAAAUGAAGCCAACUUUUAACUAACGGAAAAAGAGUGUGUAAAAGUAAUGUGAAUUUAUUUUAGCACAAAAGCAACGAGUAUUUUGAAUUAUAUUUUUGUAAUUUAAAUUUAUUAUUAUUA